CAGGAAUGCGUUUCUUCGAAGACAACAGUAUUAGUUUUUAGAGUAAAUGCGCUUCUGGCAAACGACACAUACCUGCUAAGACCCCGUUGAAGAAUAAUAUUCUAUUUCCGAAACAGCCUCGUCUGUGUAGUGCGGGAAGGAAUAUUGCGACACCAGCUUAGAUAAAAACAAUGGAUUGUGGUAAUGUCUUUUUCUGUGCCGUGGGAUUCGGCUUACUUUUUUUGAUCGACAAUUCAUGCGCUCAGUAUUAUCAGUAUGCGGACUUGGAGAACUCCUGCAACGGCAGCUUGUUACUAGAUUGUCCGUAUCAUGAAACCGGCAAAGCCGGUACAUUCCGCUAUUACUACAUCACCUGGAUGCAACCGGGGCUGUGUUUCUUCAAUGUCACCCUGGUUCCCAGUUGUGGGACCGAUCCGGAUCUGUUUGCGUUUUAUUUCAAUAUCCGAAAACUGGACCUGCCCUCGGGUGAUUAUAUAAAAAUUCACCAAACCACCUCUAAUGGACAGCAGUUUCUUCUCAAACACCUAACCGGUUCCCAGAACCCCUUCUCCAACCCGUCAUCGGUGGCGCAAACAAUGACAUUCCCGUACGAGAAACGGCCAAAAAUAUCGUUCGAGUACUUUCGCAGCUCGUCUCCCGUCAGCAGUGCCCAUGAUGCGGUUAUCGAUUUUGUUAUCGUUGAAAAUAACGCCUAUUCGCACAAUACGCGCUGCGAAGCGUUCUCGGGUUAUGUGAACAAUAUCUUCAUUUGUGAUACGGACGGAUCUAUGGAUCGCGUCAAUUGUCCAUCCGGCUCUAAUCCAGUUUUUGGGCUUGGCUUUAAUCCGGCUCUCGGGCGACAAUGUACAGACCAACCACCAACGUCCGCAUGGAUUUGGAAUACAACAAACAUUCUGCCAAAUGCUACUUCCGCACCCGUCAGAACAACGACCUUCCAGCCGCCCGUAACUGCCGCACCAGGAGACGUUCCGUUGUAUCUUCUCACUCCAUUGAACAUCACGUGCCGACUAGGACGUGUGACCCUCCCGGAACCUGAUCUGGAUCUGGCAGACUCACUGACAACCGUAUUCGACGGCGACAACACCCUCAACUGUCGCGUGAUACUCCACGAUCUGCAUUCGUGGAUUGUAGCGAAAACUGGAGAAACAAGGCAGAAACGCGCGUCGUUUUACGAGCCGAUUAAAGUAGAGUGUGCCCGAGGAAAUUUGACCGUAUCCAAUGUGGACCCCGGCACAUCAGAAUCAACGGGUUUAGUCUUCCGUACCGGCGCCUCCAAGAAAUGUAUGGAGACGUAUAGAGAUUUCUUGACCUACGUCACUGGGUUUCUGCAAAAUUUGAGUUGAAUUAGUAAUGGAUGUGGAAUAUGCUAAAAUUGUACUAUGCGCGGGAGUACUGCAUACAUUUACCUUUUUGUGAAUCUGGCUGCCAUAAAUAUUACUUUCCUAUGUAUUGAGCAAACCGAGCAGCUGGUCACUGAGCGGCCAAAGCGAACUGUUGUACGAAUUUUUGUUUAUAUACUUGCUGAACUGGACGUUAAAUACUUAAC